AUGCCCGAUGAUGUCAUUAUUACUCCACCACCAUAUAAUAAUAAUAAUAACCUUAAUUUUGAAGGAGGGAAAGCAUUAUUAGAUUCUCUUAGCAAAAAUACCACUCUAUUGGCUUUAAUUCUCAGUGGGAAUCAAUUGGCCUUUAAAGGAGAAAAUCAAUUGACUGAGGACGGUUUCUUUCCAUAUAUUUUUCCUUGUUAUGAACUUUGUUGUAACAAAGAUUGUUUGAAAGAAGAACUAGCAAGGGCUGGGAACAGGGUCAUUAAUGAAAUCUUUUGUCCAAUACAUAUUCUGCCUUUGCCGUCUCAUUAUCUUGAAAACUUUAAUAUUGCAGAUAUUAUUUGA